AAAUGUGUACAAAGGGCAAAAGUUCAAAACUGAAGUGAAGAAUACGACAAGGAGAAGGAAAAACAGUUGCACAUGAGAGCAGCCCACAAACUCUCUGAGAUGUACGCGCACACACACACACACACACUCAGACACACUGGCUCUCGCACACUCAAUCGCGACCCUGGCAGAGCUGGGCGCUCUGAGGAGUGAGCGGACGUGCCCAGCGUGGAGAAAUCAUGCUAAUUGUCUGUGAGGGAGAUGCAGCGCUAGACCCAAGAUGAAGGCAGAAAGGGAGGCUCUCGCACCGGCUUUGCCAGUUGCCAUCAUCCUUCAACUCUUUGGGCUUCUCUUCUACUCUCAGACAGGUGAGGUACAAGGAGUAAACAUCACAAGCCCUGCCGCCCAAAUCCGAGGCACUGUUGGUGGGUCAGCCCUGCUCUCUGUAAGCUACACCAGCACCAGCAAAGACCGUCCGGUCAUAAAAUGGCAACUCAAGCGGGAUAAGCCAGUCACAGUGGUCCAGUCACUGGGCACAGACAUCAUAGGCAACCUUCGGCCAGAAUACAAGGACCGUGUGCACAUCUUUGACAACGGCACUCUGCUCCUGCACAACCUACAGCUGGAUGAUGAGGGCACGUACGAGGUGCAGAUCUCCAUUACUGACGACACAUUCACCGGUGAGCGCUAUAUCAACCUCACAGUGGAUGUGCCGGUCUCCAAGCCCUCGGUGGUGAUGGUCUCCUCAACAGUUCUGGAGCUCACUGAGUACUUCUCACUUAACUGCUCACAUGACAGUGGGACCAAGGCCCAGUACACGUGGACAAAAGGAGGAAAGGCCCUGGGCAACGACACACGUCUGCAGCUCUCACAAGACAAGAGGGUCCUCACAAUAGUCCGGGUGCUCAUGUCGGACGAUGACAUCUACAGCUGCACUGUUGAGAACCCAGUGAGCACCAUGAAGAGCACUCCAGUCAAACUGACCGUGUACCGGCGCAGCUCGCUGUAUAUCAUCCUCUCCACUGGCGGUAUAUUUCUCCUCAUCACCCUGGUGACCGUAUGUGCUUGCUGGAAGCCGUCCAAAAAAGACAAACGGGAGAUUGAGAAGCAAGUAUCAUCAGACUAUGGAGAGCACAACGAAGCAAAGCAUGAAGUGGACGUCACCCCUAAAAUGACAGAACAUGAGCGGAAGAACCCAAUGGCCCUCUACGUGCUGAAGGAGACGGAGAGCCCAGGCACCGAAGAUGAUUCUCCCACUGAGUCCCAGAAUGCUGCUGAAGUGUUGACCCGUGCCAACUAUUCUAGUUCACCCCCAGUGGCAGUGCGUGCAUCCCGACGAUAUCACCUCUCUCCUGCUCGCUCUCCACCCACAGGACAUGUUCACAAAUCUCCAAGCCGCUCCCCCAGCUCACCUGCCAGGUCACGCAGUGCAACACGCCUGAGAGCCGCUGGAGGGGUCCAUGUCAUUAGGGAACAGGAAGAAGCUGGAUCGCCCAACGAGACCACCACCACCACCACCUAGAAGAAGGCAAAAUUCCCAUCAGCCACCGAUCUGAAAGACGCUGUUAACAAGCUGUUUUCUGUCAAGGAACCAUUCCAAGUUGGCGUUUGCUCCUCUGUAUGUGUGCAUACCCCUUGGAAAAACAAUCAGUGGCAAGCCAGCCCACGUGCCCAUGCUGCUGGUACUUCUGCUGAACAUACUGCUGGCACCUGUCAGUUUUACCCCAAGUCAUUUACUUCUGAUGUCCCCCAUUGGUCUUUUUCAUUGAAAUGGUUUACAGAAGAUUGUGACAUUUCUGUUUCACUGUACCUGUCUUUUCCUUCCAUUAUGUUGUAUAGUUGCAUUAAUUUGUGUGGCAGCUCUUCACCAUGUUUCCAAAUAGAGUGGAAGCAGCCCAGCCACUCUUUCUUUUGUGUUUGUGUAGUGAGAUUUGCCAUAAAAGGCACAAUGUGAAAGAAGUGAGGAAAGAAAGUAGCCAGGGUCACACUAGACCUGGUAUGGGCAUGUGGUGCAGGUCAGGACUUAGGUUGGCAUGUGUCACAUCAGUAUUGCCUAUCUGCUGUGUGGAGCACUGAAAUGGAACUGACUAGGCACAUUAAUGAUUUGCUGGAGCCUUCUGCAACCUGCAAAACUCUAAAAAUGUCAGGACUGAAAGUUGUUACAGUCUGGUUUUAAAAUAUAUCUAUUCUUUUAAUGUAACCCACUUCAGUGGUAUGAGUGGUUGGGGUUAGAUACAGACAUAACAUAAUUUAGGGGGUCUUUUAUCAAGGAAGUGUGCUACAUAAGAAUACAUUAAUUACACUGAAUAUGGCAUCAGAAAGGGUGUGAACAUUUAUUCAUUUUGCAGCCUCUGUUUUACACAAAUCCCUUUAUUGAACGUGCUUAAUAUCAGGAGUCUGUGGUAAGAUGGUUGGCACCACUGGCCACAUGCUACCCAAUUUGCAACAGCUCCUAUAUUUUUUCUCGUAAACAUCUCACAUGUUGAGUCUCUUUAAUUGACUACUAAAUUCUUUGCUAGCUGACCACUGCUGAUCAAGGCAGGAGCCAUGGGCAUGUGGCAUCAAACUAAACGGUUAGAAUCAAGGAAUUGAUUUCUCCAAUUGUGCCUUGUGGCAACAAAGAUUCCUGACUAAGCUGUCAUUUUGACUGUUCCGGAAUACUGUGCAUAAGCCCUUCUGGAAUGUAGUGCUCUCUCUUCAUUUUGGAAUCUUCCUUGAAAACAGCAAUCACAAAAAAGGGUGCUCAUGAUGAAGCAUUCCCAACGUCUGGCUUUGUCAUGAUAUUCUACAUCUGUUUGCUUUGUAAAGUGCCUUCUUUUGGAAAGGUGCUAUACAUUAUAGGUUUAUUGACUUCCAAACAUGGUGGCAUAUUGAUCUAGUGGUUAGCUGUGCCACUGCCUGUCUCCUGAAAUGUGAGUUUAAGUCCUGGUCUGUCCAUUGUCUGUUCAUGUGCUUCCCAGAAAUCUCCGGUUUUCCAUCCACAUCCCAAAGAUAUAGAUAUUGGGCUGACUGGCCUCAUAGACAUGAGUGUCAGCUGCAAUGGACUGGUACCCACUCCAGAGUGGGUUACUGCCUUAUUCCUGACGUUCAGGCUCUGCUCCACCUGUAGUGCAAGAAUGUAACGUGAGCUUAGAGAAUGAAUGGAGGAUAGCGGCUUGGAGUGGUACAGUGGUUUUUGGAAUGCUUCCUUAUAUCCCAAAGGACUCAUAUUGGAUUCUCAUCUUGGGUAUUGCCCUUGUGAACUUUGCACAUGAGCCCCAGUUUUGCCACUUACAUUCCACACACAUCUCAGAGGUUUUCUGAUUAGCUUGUCUGAUGACUUGUGGCUGUGUUGGACAGACUGGACUUGACUGAGCUUGUGUGUGCUCUGUGAUGGACUGGCAUCUCACUCCAUGAUUGGCUGCACAUGCACUUUGUGGCACGAUGAAAAAAGUGAAUGACAAAUCAAGAUGGAGAAUUGAAGUGCAUUGUGGUAGGUCGUCGUCGUUAUGAUGCUAGUUGGUUGCUAUGGGCGAGGUCAGGCGGGUCAUAACCUUGAUGCCAAUUGCAAAGAGGGGUUGAAAUGGUCUUUUUUUCCUUCCAUUUUCUAUCCAAGUUUGUGGAUAAAUCCCUGAAGACUAUUUAGGGUUUGCUAAACUUCUGAUAACCAUUCUAAGAUGACUUCUGCUUGUACCUUUUUCAUUCAUUUUCUGCAUAGUGUUGUUUGAUUCGAUUUCCUAAGCUACAGUCCUAGCAUGUGUUCUGAGUAUGCCUUACUUCUGUCUUACUCUGCUUAUCAACUGUCUCUUUUUCUUCCAAGACAAUACACCAGAAGUGUGCAGAUUGUGACAUCAUGGAGUCUAAGGUGGAUAUUCAAAUAAAUCAUAGCAUUCUGUUUGCAUGAUUAGUAUACAUUUUCAUAUUUGUUUAGCAAAUGCUUUUAUCCAAAGCAACUUACAAAGGAGGUCAACAUAAUCAAGUAACUCAGUCUAGGGACCAUUUUGAAGAAGUGGGGAAGGAUGGGUUAGAAAUGUUGAGCACCAAGUGUAAAGCUAACAUCACAAAAAUGAUCAAUUAACAAUAUGCCGGAUAUCCAAAGAGCAAAAACACAUUCAUUAACAAUCUGACGGAUAUUCACAGAACAGUAGGGUUUUCAAUCGCUUCUUGAACACAGUAAGGAGCUUGUUCCACCAGUUCGGAGCUACAUAUGAAAAGAGACUGGAUUGAAAUUUGAUGCCACACAGAGGUGGCAUCACCUGAUGUUGUUCACUGGUAGACCAGAGUGGGCAAGAAGGAGCAUAGGACCUCACCAUUGUCUCCAUAUACACAAGUGCUGACCCACUGACUAAUCUGCAGGAAAGCAGCAAGAAUAUGAACUUAAUAUGUGCUGCUACAGUGAGCCGAUGUAGAAAGGAGUGAUAUGAUGUAUUUUGGCUGGCUGAAUACAAGUUGUUUUUUGGACCAUCUGCAAAGGCUUGAUGGCACAUGUGGGUCCUCCUGCUAAUAGUAGGUUGCAGUAAUUCCAACAUGAUGAGACCAAAGCCAAGACCAGACGUUGUAGUGCAUACUCAGACAGAUAAGGUCUGAUUUUGAUGAUGUCCUACAGAGUGAAUCUGCAUGAAUGAGAGUGAGUCGAAAUGGAGUCAAAAAAAGAUAGGCGCUCAUCAGUCACCACCCCAAGGUUACAUAUUGUCUUGGCAGGUGCUGGUGACAAUGAGCCAAGCUGUACAGAGAUGGGGAGUUGGGAGAAUUUAAAAGCACUUUGAAUGUGAACUCUCUUCUGUCCCUGAUUCCGAUUUAUAUCUUUGGUUUUGACUCCAGUUACGUGUGCUAUUCUGGCUUUUGAGCCUUUUGCUGUCCUUGUACAGAGAUUCCUGUUACGUGUCGUGGACUUUGAUAUCUGGAUUCCUGACUGCCCCAUUUUGACCCUAGUUUACUUUUUGACCUCAUUCUUUCUUCUGAUUCCAAUUUGUAAUUAUAACUGCUUCUUGUUGCAUCUAUAAUAAAAAUGGCACACCACAACGGCAGAGAGAUAGGGAACCACGAGAAAGAUGGGGGAUCAGGAGCCAGAAGAAGAGAUUUGUAACCAGAAAGAUCAAAAAGCCUAGCAUCAAAACAAAAAGUGAAGUCUUAACUUGUAGUCAAAAAAACAAAAGCCCUAGUCGUGCACCCAAACUUUUACACACGGGUGCUAAUUCUUAGGUUUAUGUGUGUAAACUCGGAUAACCCAGAGGUGUAAGGGACUGAACUUUAUACCUUUCUACCUAAGCCAAAAUGUGUAGCACGACCCCGAUUGUUACUUGUUUGCAAGCAACUCCAUAGCAACGUGUACCCUAAAUAGGACCAUGCAAGAAUUUCAAGAUGGCAUGAUGGAAAAUGUUAAAUAAUUUUAUCUACCUAAGAAUGAAAGAUUUCAGAAAUGAUAGACCCCCCCCCCCCCCCAAAAAAAGAAAAGCAAGAAA